AUGUCGGCGGUGCAGCGGAUGAAGGUGGCGAACGAGCGGCAUAGCAAGACCAUCACCCAGCGGGGACACGUCCAGAAAACCUCGGUACUGAGAGCCGGGCCUGGGGCAGACACCGGCCCGCUGCUUCUACACUCAUUAAUGUGUUAUUAAUUAGCUUUAAUUCUAUAACGUUAAAGUGUUUAACGGUAAAAUACGACACGACCGGACGUUUCCUUAGCAUUAGCCUGCUAGUCUGUUAGCAUUCACAGAAUAUUGAGACGUGUUUGUUUUUAUUAAAAAUGUUUUCACGGUGUUUGAAAGAACCACAGGAGAAAAACACACAGUUAAGCUCCAUUCUGGCUUUAUAUAUCGUCCUUUAACGUUUAAAUAGUGAGGUUAAAAGUAACCAAACCCCAUUCUGAAAUGUUACUUUUUAAUCAAACACGUCGUUUCCAUAGAGGCACACUCUAAUAAUCGAUUAAUCGAAAGUGUAUAUGGAUCUCCCAGGAGCCCUACCUUAAUUCGGCGGUACUGAUCGAAGCUUGUUUGGUUGAUUUUGAGUGGUUUCGGUCGUGUUUCUGACCCAGUAUGGAGGCUGUAAACACGGCAGUGGGCGGAGGCUCGGCCGGUGUCACUCAUCAGAAACUACAAACCGGUUCUGUUCGAUUGAACAGGUUUGAUUUUAUAUCAUCAUUAUCAUCGAUAAGGAGAAGAAAAGAUUACGAACUCUACAUUACAGGGCUUUUAUUUUGAAAGAGGAUGAAACCGAGUGUUUUAGUAUGAGUCUGUCAUCUUUAACAGGAGUGUGUGAACUCUGUUACCGUCCUGACAGGGGUGUGUCAAUAAUAAGACUUGAUAAUUAGUCACUGAACAGGUCUGACUCUAAUUCAGCCUGUUAUUGUCAGUGUACCUCAGAAAACCCUCGGUAGAAACGGGAUGAAAUACUCGACAACAUUUAAGUGAGACUAAAGUCACACAAACAGGAAACAUCUUUAACUUCUGACCAUGGGAGCAGGUCUCCCUCCAUUUUACCCCCAAUACUGAUCGUCUCCUAAAAGGUCAUAUCCUCCGAUCGUAGCUGAUCGUAACCAUUCAAGUUAACGUGUCAAUUUACACCGACUUCUUUCCGUUCUUCUGAGGAUCAAAAUCUAAGACGCUUCGGCGAAACGUCUCAAGUUCGCCAAGAGUUGUACGUCAUGGAGUCACCGUUCUGUUUAUUUCUAACCAAUCAAAAACUCCGCUCUGAGACGUGUUGGUUCACCUGCUCACCUGACUGCUCCUCUGUGUUUCAGCGGCCGGUAAACGAAGAGAAGUCUCCGGUGGGUCCGUGGCUGCUCGCUCUGUUCGUCUUCGUGGUUUGUGGAUCAGGUGAGUCUCACCGUCCUGAUCCUCUGAGGAGGUUUUUAGGGAUCAGAUCCAGGAGCCCCGUCACAGUAGACCCCCGUAACAGUAGAUCCCACCUCAGGAUAAAUCAACUUUAGAGUUUUAAAAUAAAAGCCUGACAAACAGCGACUCUAUCAGGAGGUGUGCUGAUCGUAGUGAGGUGAACCAGAACCAGAACCAGAACCAGAGUGUUCUUUGUUGUCAUUGGACUGAAGGUUCAACCAGAUAUGAGAGCUUCUCCAUUUUCAGAGCAGGAGGAACAAAAAAAAAGAAAAUGGAAUUAAAAGAAAAAAAAUAAUGAUUAAAAAUAAUAAUAAAAUAAUUUUAAAAAUAAUAAUUUAAAUUAACAAUAAUAAUAAUUAAUAAUAAUAAUAAAAUAAUUUAAAAAAUAAUAAUUUAAAUUAACAAUAAUAAUAAUUAAUAAUAAUAAUAAAAUAAUUUUAAAAAUAAUAAUUUAAAUUAAUAAUAAUAAAAUAAUUUAAAAAAUAAUAAUUUAAAUUAACAACUAUAAUAAUACUUAUAAUAAUGAUAAUAAUAAUAAUAAAAGUUUUUUUUUAAAUUAACAAUAAUAAUAAUUAAAAAUAAUAAUAAAAUAAUUUUAAAAAUAAUAAUUUAAAUUAACAAUAAUAAUAAUUAAUAAUAAUAAUAAAAUAAUUUUAAAAAUAAUAAUUUAAAUUAACAAUAAUAAUAAUUAAUAAUAAUAAUAAAAUAAUUUAAAAAAUAAUAAUUUAAAUUAACAAUAAUAAUAAUUAAUAAUAAUAAUAAAAUAAUUAAAAAAUAAUAAUUUAAAUUAAUAAUAAUAAAAUAAUUUAAAAAAUAAUAAUUUAAAUUAACAAUAAUAAUAAUUAAUAAUAAUAAUAAAAUAAUUAAAAAAUAAUAAUUUAAAUUAAUAAUAAUAAAAUAAUUUAAAAAAUAAUAAUUUAAAUUAACAAUAAUAAUUAAUAAUAAUAAAAAAAUAAUUUUAAAAAUAAUAAUUUAAAUUAACAACUAUAAUAAUACUUAUAAUAAUGAUAAUAAUAAUAAAAGAUUUUUUUUUAAAUUAAUUAUAAUAAUAAUAAUGUCACAUGAUCAAACCUGUUUCUAAUGAUGUCACUGCUCUGUUGAAUAUGUGUGUGUGUGUGUGUGUGUGUGUGUGUGUGUGUGUGUGUGUGUUACAGCCAUCUUCCAGAUCAUCCAGAGCAUCAGACAGGGCAUGUGAUGACCUUUUGACCCCGAGCUGAGCCUGUCGCACGGAGAUGGGAGGGGCGUGACCUUUCCUGCCACACCCACAGACACACACACACUCACACAGACACACAGACACACACUCGCACAGACACACACUCACACACACACAGAUGUUCUCUUGUUCCUGUGGAGUUUGAAUCUGAGCUGUUUUUUUUUUUAUUUUUUACUCUCUUCUUCUUCUUCUUCUUCUUCUUCUUCUUCUUCUUCUUCUUCCUGUCGAAGCGGAUCAGCUGAUUGGUUGUUGAUUGUUUGUUGUCAGAUGAAGUCUUAACUCCUCCUCUUCCUGUCGGUCUGAAGCUCUUGUUUACUUUCGUUUGACUCUGACCUGAGAUCAGCUGAGAUGAGACUCUGAUUUAAAGGAGCAGACCGCUGAUUUCAUCUGUUUCUUCGGGUUCAGGUGGUUCGAACCUCUGACCUGGUGUCUGUUUAGUUUCUCUUUCCUGUAAAAGUUUGUGUCUGACCUCUAAAAGUGGGUUUAUCAGAGAGCUCAGGAGCGCCCCCACAGGUGUAAAGCAGCGGUCUGGUUUCUCUAAAUCAGUUUCAGACUUUGAUAUUUGGAUGUAAAUGAUUCAAACUGAGAUGAAGCUCGUCUCUCAUCAUCAUCGUCGUCGUGGUCGUGGUUCUGAGGGUUGGUCUCCCGUCUUCAGUCAAACUCCAUCCUCAGACCUUUAUCUCCUCUGAACACGUCGACCUGCAGAGAGACCAACACGGCUGCUUUUUUCUGAAGCUGUCAGAGAGGUGAAGAGCUCAGCGAGCCUCCUGCUCAAACACCUGCUCGCUUUUCUACAAAAUAAACCUGUGAUAUUUUUCUCUAAACUGUCUGUCUGCUCACACUCUCACUCCUUCACUCCCACGUUUUAACCUCCGAUCGUCUGAAGGAGGAACAGUCGCUCAGGUUUGUUAUCAGCCGCCUCUGAAAGAUCUCACACCCAGACAAGAAGACGACGCGUCAACAAAACCCGUCAGAAAAGAGGACUUUGAGUCUCACUCAGGUCCAGAAACACUCGCAGAUAAAGAGGAGAGAAACGACUUUAUCGAUCAGAUCUGUACAGAGAAAACACCGUCAGGAUGGUCAUCAAUAAAUACUGGGGUUAAAAGGGUUCGAGGAGUUUUCGCUGUGAGAUAGAAAAAGAUUUUUAAUGUUUUGAAAAGUUUGAGAGACGGACGUAAAAGAAGAAACUAAAUAGAAGUGAAGGAUAAUUUAGUCAACAGGUCGGACCUUCAUUUGUUUUUUAAAUUUAUUUAAUUCAGAAUUAAGUUUCAAAUCUAACCUCCAAAGUCUGAAUUUUACAAAUGUGUCCGAGCUCCUGUUUUAGAAAUAAACGUCUGAAAAUCUAAAGAAAGUUUGUCGGUAAAAUGUGACGAUGACUUUAAUCAGAAACACAGAGGAGGAACAAAAGUGGGAUAAAAACAGAAACUGUUAUUAUUCAACUUUAUUUUUAUGGCAAUUUUAAGACGAAAUGAUGUAAAAACAAUUAACACUUGAACCUCCUACACACACACACACACACACACACACACACACACACACACACAGUGUGAGAAUUUAAGAUCUGUAGUUACAGAGACGUGACCUGACACUGAGACAUGAGAGAGGAAAGAGCGACCUUCAGGAAACAUGGAGAUGAAAUAAUAAAAAUAAAGACUCACACCUGAUGGACUGAAACAAGAGAAUAAUAUUAAAUAAAUAACUUAGAGCUCUUUAUAAUAAAAAGAGUAAAAACUUCUGAGGCAGGAGUUAGAAAAAGACUAAGAACAGAGAUAAUUAAUAAGAUUACAUAAACAAACAUUAAAACUUUGAUUAAAAUGAACGUUUACAAUGAGAGAAAAAUUAUUAAAUUAAAGUCUGAUUUUAGAAUUCUGAUGAGAAAAACUGACAAACAGGAUAGAGUUUAAAAGAUAAAUAUAUGUGUGUAUACAGUAUAUAUAAAUAUAUGUAUUUAAGUGUCAGUGAUCAACUCUGAGUUUGGAUCUGAAGUUGAAGGAAAGGAAACCGUCACUCCAGAGUCUUGAGGAGCAGAUUUAGUCAGAAUUAGAGGAGGAGAAUAUGAACUUUAACACGUUUGAUUAAAAAUGAAAAAUCAUCAAAAUCAGACUUUGAGUUUUGGAUUCUGAGGAUUCUGGAGGGAAGUUUGGAGCUCUGAAUAAAAACUCUGAGAUGAUCCUGACCGGGGUUUGAACUGGUCUGGUCUUGGAGGUGGUCCUCAGUCCGGAUGUGGAAGAACUCAGACCGUCAUCUUUAAACCCCUCAGUGCAGAAGGUGGAAACUGUUCCAGACCCUCGGGACCACCAGACCUCCGAAUAA